CAGUCUGCAAAGGAUUCUAGACGUUAACGGUUCUUCUCUCAAAACCAAAAGCCUCGACAAAUUCGUCUCGUGCGUUCGAACAGUUUAAAUCGUAUCAAAGUCUUUUUGAAACAGUGCUAAAAGUGCAAAACAAACUCAAAAAAUAAGAAAAACUAUAAAAACAUUUGAAUAUAAACUGUUUGGAAAAAUUCUGGGAAAUUUUUUCGGCAGCUCUUUAAAUUACGCCAGCAGCGAACAACACACUCAAAUCUAGUAUAUAUAUAUAUAUAUUUAUAGACAUAAAUAUAUAUAUAUAUAUAUAAAUUGAGAAAAUAUAUAUAUAAGCCAUAACGUAAAAUGGAUUCUGCCGCAGCUGCCGCCGCCGCCAAGCGCGUGCAAAUCGAGAAGGCGCACAACUUUAUGCGCCAAUAUCGCGAUCCCGAAUCGCGCGAGCUAAAGAAACUAUCAGCCAAUCAGUUCAUGGAUGUGUGGGCACACUACGAUAAGGACGGCAACGGCUAUAUUGAGGGCACCGAGCUGGAUGGCUUUCUGCGUGAGUUUGUGUCCAGUGCCAAUGUGACAGACAUAAGUCCAGAGGCUGUCACCGACACAAUGCUGGAGGAGCUGAAGUCCUGCUUCAUGGAGGCCUACGAUGAUAAUCAGGAUGGCAAAAUCGAUAUCCGAGAGCUUGCCCAACUUUUGCCCAUGGAAGAAAAUUUCCUUUUGCUCUUCCGCUUCGAUAACCCCUUGGAAUCAAGCGUCGAAUUCAUGAAGAUCUGGCGUGAAUACGACACUGAUAAUUCUGGGUACAUUGAGGCGGAUGAACUAAAGAAUUUCUUACGUGACUUGCUCAAAGAGGCCAAAAAGAUCAAUGAUGUCUCCGAGGAUAAGCUCAUUGAAUACACAGACACCAUGCUUCAAGUGUUCGAUGCCAAUAAGGAUGGUCGUUUGCAGCUCUCGGAAAUGGCCAAACUACUUCCGGUUAAAGAGAACUUCCUUUGCCGUCAGGUAUUCAAGGAGGGCAUCGAUGGCGCCACCAAGCUAACCAAGGAGGAUAUUGAGAAAGUAUUUUCGCUAUACGAUCGCGACAACAGCGGCACCAUUGAGAAUGAGGAGCUGAAAGGUUUUCUCAAGGAUCUCCUCGAGCUGGUCAAGAAGGACGACUAUGAUGCCCAGGAUCUGGCUGCCUUUGAGGAGACAAUCAUGCGUGGCGUCGGCCGCGAUAAGCACGGCAAAGUUUCGCGCAAGGAGCUCACCAUGAUACUUUUAACCCUGGCCAAAAUCUCGCCCGAAGACGAGCAGUAAAUUGGGCCAACUAGCUAACGCAACACAUAUACAUAUAUUUUUGUUACCAAUUUGGGUAAACUAAUGCAAAUGGGGCGAGUAUUUUUGGCCGCAAGCCAAUGAACAAAUUUGAUUACUUUAUAAAACUGCCCGCAAACUAGGCGCAGCUCGAGGACAUAACCUCCCAAAUGCAAAUUAUAAAAUUAAAAUUAAAAUAAUAAAAAGGAAACGAACCUGAGAACAAAUUGAUGAAGCGCAAAUCUACAAAACAAAAGCAAAUAAUUAAACAAAUAUAAAAGCUAAUUCAAACUAAAUGUUUCAAAUUAAUUAAAUGUUUAUGCAUGUUAAGCUUUUGAAAGUCUAUUUCCUAAAAACAAGAGCUCCAAAAUACAAAGCAAACAAAAUUAUUAUGUAUGUGUAUUCGUAAAGCAAAACCUCUUAAGGAAAUUUUUAAAUAAAAACAAAUUAAAUAUUAAAUACCUUGAAAAAAAUUACUUUUGAAAAAGCAACUCGAAACCAGCCAGAAAAAUAUACAACAAAUAUUUAAUAAAUAAAAAAGUUCAGUACAUCGAUUUUAAAAAUAAUGAAAUAAUUUUCGGGUAGCCAAAGUACUCGUAAUAUUUAUAUUUUCUAUUUCCUAUAUAUUGCAUAUUUAUUUAUAUAUUAAACUAAAAUGAAAAUAAUUUAAUUUUGACUUAAUUACAACUUAGCUAAGAGUAAGGACACUCAACAAAUUAUUGCAAAAAACCAAUAAAACAAAAAAAAAAAAAAAAAAAAAAAAAGAAAUUAAAUGUGAAAUUUAAAUUAUUAUAAAUUAUUAUGUAGUGGGAAUUUUUUAGAUAAUUGUUGUUAAUAAUUGUGUGUACUUAUAAUAAUUAUAUAUACAUAUAUAUAAAUGUACUGUAUUAUGAAUAUACACACAUAUAUAUAUAUAUAUAUUUUGAUGCGUGCGAUUUUUCUGCUUAGUUUAUUUAUUUUGGAAAAUUUACCUUAAUUUUUGACAAGAAGAAGUCACACAAACAAAUACAAGCUAACGAUAAAUAUAUCUAUGUAUAUUCCACAAACAGUUUAGUGCAUAAGUUUUACCAAAAGUAUAGCCCAAGCCAGCAUCAAUCAAAGCACUCGACAAACAGCUGCCAAUUGGCACUCGAGCACGGUCCAGAGGCAGGUGAAAAAGAAUGAAAAAAGAAGGUGGGUAAACCAAAAUGAGAGAGAAAACUAAAAUCCACUUACAGUUGGAAAGCGACCUCUUCAACCAACCAACCUACCCACUCCCUCGCCUCCCCAGCGCCCGCCUUGAACACAUGUCAUACUUGUGCUCGUGCUCGUCCAAGGGCUGCACGGAUUAUGCAGAGGCGGGUCCUAAAAGGGAACUUAAGCGCAGACAAAUUGAGAACAAAUAUUAUUUAAAAAAGGAGAAUCUACAGAUUUUAAUGACGUUUGAUCUAAAUGUGCUUUAAAUAUAUAUAUAUACCUACAUUCUAAAACAGAAACUGAAAAUUUGGAAAAUUCGCUUUACAUUGAUUUAAACUCUUCUUAAGGUGCUAUCGCUAUUAUAAAUACUUGAAGCCAACUAUUGGUAUAAAACAAUUUAUUCAAUUAAGAAUUUUGAUUUGCCCCCCUAACAAAAAAUAGCCAAAGAAAAUCAACGUUUCUCAGUAAACAUUUAACUAAGCUUUUAAAACAAAACAAAAACGCAGAAAAUUUUCGUAUGUAAAUCUAUAAAAAGAAAACUCCAAAACAAUAACAGUAUAACAAAAAAAUAUAUAUAUGUAUGUUAUAGAGAACUGUGCGAUGCAACAAAAUGCCAAGUAAAGAAAAACAAAUAUCGUAUAAACUUAUAUAUUAUAUAUCUUACUUAUGCUAAUGUUUAAGAUGGAUUAUCAGAUGAUAUACAUACGACAACAGCUUCAGAGAGGACUUUCUCAAAACACGAUACCGAAAUACAUUAUUAACUAUAACUAUAAACUACAACUAACUAUAAAUAUAUACAUAUAUCUAAAUAUAUAUAUGUAUCUAUUUAUAUAGAUACUACAUACAAUACAUAUAUAUGUCAAGCAAAAAUUCUAUGAUAUGAAAAACGGUGUUUUAAUAAACUAUUGAUAGAUUACAAUCUCAAAAACACA